AUGAGGUUUUUAUUUUUUGGAUUACUGUUUGCUCUAUUGGCGGUCAUAAUAUCGGCAAAUGAAGCUCCUUCAUAUGGAAAUGAUGAACUGGAAACAAGGAUGAUGGAUACCAUGAAUCCAGAGGUUGCAUUAGAGCUGGAAAAAAGGAUGAUGGAUACUAUGAAUUCAGAGGAUUUAGUGGAGCCGAUGAUGAAGGAUAAUACAGAUCACACAGAAAUUCCAUUGGGGGAGAUGAUGGAGGAUAAUUCACAUGCCACCGAUUUAAUGGAUAUGGCAGAUAUUGGUGAUAGCCACUCGGAGGAAGCCAUACGCAAGCCUCGUGGAGGCUAUGGUGGCGGCUUUGGUUUCUACGGUGGUGUUGGUUACGGCGGAGGUUAUAGAGGUUGGAAUCGUGGAGGAUAUGGUGGCGGGUAUGGCGGUGGAUAUGGUGGCGGAUAUGGUGGAGGUUGGAGAAACAGAGGAUGGGGAGGCGGUUAUGGCAGACGUGGAUGGGGAGGUCGUGGAUAUGGCCGUGGUUAUCGUGGUCCCUGGUAUUAA